CUGGUGCACGAGUGCAACGUGCAACUGGCGUUGUUUCGCAACGCGACGCAGGGUAUAGGAACAAGCCACGACGGUGCAUCUCUGAGAAGAGAAGUGGAAACUGCCGGACGAGCGUGUUUGAAAGCUUGUGAAGCUGCAAAGAAUUGUGUUCUACCGCAAUUACGGCAUGAAGGCGUGGAAUUCACUCGGCACGCAUCCCAAUUUAUCGGGUGUGUCGCCGCUUAUGUGGUGGAGAUGAAACGAUGUGUAGCAUUGGAAAAAACAUUUCCAGCACCUACCGAACCUUCAAUCACCCCUCAACAGAUUGCUAAUAUGGAAUCAAUGUUGGUGACGUUAGAAAACUUGAUCACCGUUCAUUUUUCCACAAGCGAAUCCUCUCCCACCGAUAAGGUAACUCCACGGCGGCGACGAGCAACUUCAUGUCGACCGCAAUGUGUGUGUUCAAAACUGAAGACGAGCUACGCCUGA